AUGAAUAACAAGAAGCCUCUUUCUGUUAUUACUGAUGGGGAUAAAGCAAUGCGUAAAGCCGUCAAGAGGAUAUUUCCAGACUCUUGUCAUCGAUUAUGUGCUUGGCAUAUUCAACGCAAUGCAUUCACUAAUGUCCAUGUCAAAGAUUUUACUAAUCAUUUUUCUAAGUGCAUGUUCAUGGAAGGCACCGUUGAAGAAUUUGAAUGUGCAUGGAAUGACAUGUUGGAAAUGUUUAAUCUUCAUGGACAUAAGUGGGUGACAGAUAUAUAUGCUAAGCGUUCUAGAUGGGCAAAGGCUUAUUUAAGGGGGCAUUUCUUUGCUGGUAUGAAAAGCACACAAAGGUGUGAGAGCAUGAAUGCAUACUUGAAUCGUUUCCUUAAAACUCGUUUGAAGCUGUUUGAGUUUGUCAAGCAUUUUGAUAGAACACUCUCACGUAUUCGUCAUAAUGAGGCAAAGGCAGAGUUUGAGACACACCAUUCUUCAGCUGUUCUAACAACCAAACUCUAUGCACUUGAGAAAUAUGCAGGGACUGUUUUCACAAGGCAAUCUUUUCUAAAAUUUAGGGAUGAGAUGAAGAAUGGAGAAUUGUUUUUCCCUGUCAGUACAGAAAAUCAUGGAGGUUAUCGUGUCCAUACAUUGACCAAGUUUAGAAGGCCUGACAAGAUUUGGAAAGUAUGUUAUGGUAAUAGUGAUCAGUCUAUGAAUGUACUUGUAUGA